AUGGGCAUGGCUGGUGGGCUAGAGACAGUGCAGGUUGCUGCAUAUGAUAAUAUUGGCUAUAUCUUCAUCAGCCUGUGGCCAGCAAACUUGUCACAGGACCAGGUUCUUUAUUCUGCAAAUGCCACAGUGGAACUGAUGCAGGAGUCACAAUACAUGGGAAUUAUGGAUGAUAAAAGGAUGCAGAAAUAUGUUGAUGGUAUUGCUGUCCAUUGGUACUAUGAUAAAACAUCUCCAGCUCAGAUAUUAACUGAAACACAAAAGAAAUACCCCACCAAAUUCAUUAUAUCAACAGAGGCUAGCAUUGUUACUCUUAUGCCAAACGUCAGCAAAGUGAGACUUGGUGACUGGUCAAAUGGAGAAGCUUACUUGACAGACAUGAUACAGGAUUUCACACACUGGGUUGCUGGAUGGUAUGACUGGAAUCUUGCAUUAAACCAGGAAGGUGGCCCUAACUGGGUAGAAAACUAUGUUGAUUCUUCAAUUAUUGUGAAUGCAGAAAAUGAUGAAUUUUAUAAGCAGCCUUUGUUUUAUGCUCUUGGACACUUUUCUAAGUUUAUUCAUGAAGAUUCAGUAAGGAUUGAUAUUGUGCCAAACAAUAAAAAUGGAAUUAGAACUGUGGCAUUCACAACUCCAUAUAAUGCAACAGCUCUUGUCAUCUCCAAUGAGAGAGAUCAUAAUACAAAGGUAACAAUUGCAGACCCGGAUCGUGGCUACAUUACUAUUUCAGUUCCCAAGAGAUCUUUCAACACUCUAAUGUACUGGUAAUGUACAUUUGUGGCACUUUUAAUAGUGCCUGGAAUUUG